AUGGAGGAUGACUUCUUUAACGUACUCGACGCAAAAAGAGAGUUAAGACAGGGUAUAGUGGAAUGUCAGAAACGUGGUUUAGUGUACAGCGUCAAAUGGUUAGCUGAAAUGUGCCACGGCCUUGCGGACGUGGAUAUUGACGGCGAGGAUGAAAAAGAUAAUUUCGGUAUUAAAAUGUUGGAAGGCAUAGUACCGAAAGAAUAUGAUAAUUAUUCUCUGGCUAAAAGUUACUUUGAUGUACGUGAAUAUGAUAGAGCUGCUCAUUUAGUGCGUAAUGCUAGUUCUCCAGUUCCCAGAUUCCUUCAUCUUUAUGCCAUUUAUAUGGCAGUGGAGAAACGACGGUUGGAUUCGUCCACGGAUCAAUCGAAUAUAAAUGACUCAGUUCACUUUAAAGACCUGGGUGAGAUUUUGGUUACUUUGCGGACAGAGCAUUCGCGAAAUAAAUUAGACGGUUAA